AAUUGAAGCUAUUGAAACAAAUGACUAUAGAAGAAAAUGAGCAAAUGACCACAUUGAUCAAAGUCCCCUCACUAAGAAGGCGACAUUCAGAUAGAAGAAGCACAAUGCCUGAACCAAAGAAAACUCAGCAAUUACCACUUAUGUCCUCAAUUCCCAAUUUAAGAGAUCCCUUCAAUGUCUCUCCUACCCAAAACUCCAAAGAGAGUUUGCAUCAAAUCAGUUCUGAAGAAGACUUGAGGUUGAUCAAUGAUUCUCCUGAACCAAGAGUGAAUGGCUUAGAAAAUUCCAUGCCAGAAACUGAGAAUUCUUUGUGUCCUUCAUUGACCUCAGACUUGAAUAACCAGCAAUCUGAUGUUGGAUUUUUGGAGUCACACCAUAAUGAUUUUAAUCCAUCAGAUGUGAUAAACAGUUGUGAAACUUCUACCUCUGAGUUAGAAACUAGUGAAAUGAAAACUCUGGAUGGUAAAGGAUCCCCUGAUGACUGCCAAAGUCUUCUGCACUCAGAUUUAUCACCAGAAGGAUCAGAAACUGCUCCCCAAAUUUCUGCAAAUCAAUACAUUAUGGCAGGUUUUCUAGAAAAAAGAGACCAGGUCUGUUCAAGAAGGAAAGAGGUAAAUCCAAAGGCAAGAGCUUGGAACACUUUUUAUGUUCAACUUCAAAGACAUAAACUUGACUUCUAUAAUGAUGAGAAGGAAAUAAUUCAGAAAAUACCUCCAGAUUUAUCACUGAGCAUAGCUGGAGCCAGGUGUGAGAGGCUAACAAACUAUCCCAGGAAAAAAUAUGCUUUCAGCUUAAGAACAAGUGGAGGAGAAGAAUACUACCUUGCAGCAUUGUCUCAGAAGUUAAUGGAGGAUUGGAUGUAUGCAUUAUGGAGUAACUUAGAUUAUAACAGCAAUCAGAAGGAAAUUUCAAUCAAUGAAAAUGUGGUGAAACCUCAGAUAAAACCUUGGAUUUCGGCAGCUGGAACUUCUACUCAGAAACAGACUAGCAAAAGUUUCCUUCUGAGGAGAACUCCUUCCUUCAAAGCUAAUCGAGAAAAAAGGCUUGCUGCAAGUUCUGCAGAAACAUUGACACAAAAUUACAAAACUCCUGCUCCAAAUUCAGAAGAUCCUGGCAGCAGAACUGAGCCCAUGAUGAACACCACAAAGUGUGUAGACAAUCUUGAUGCUGCAAAGAGAUCUAGAAUAGAGACAGAUCUCAAGAAACAGAAGGGGAUCUUUAAAUAUCUUUUCAGGAAGAAAUAGAAGCAAUACAGUUUGCUGGAAUUUCCUAAAGAUGCUAGGUUCUUCAGUUCUUUUCAUCCUAUUGUCUUUAUGAUUAAUUUAAGAGGUACAACUGAAAGAGAAAUCUGCACACUAUCUAUUGAACAGGCAUCCUACAAAAUGUACAUUUAUAUCUCUCCAAUAUUUCUGCCAAAAAUUAUAAACAAUUAUUACUUAAAUUGUCUAGCAUCAGUAAUUUAUAAUUGCAUGUAUUUGAAAGCCAUGAAAGUUUGGUGUUAAUAUUGGACAACCAUGAGUAUAUCAAUGCUAUCAUCAUCAUCAUUAUUUAGCAUGAACAUGAGGAGAGAAAGAUUUAUCCUGUUGUCCUAUUUUACCCAUUAAAGAUAUGAAGUGGUCUAGGGGUGGCUUCCAGCAGUCACUACUGCCGGUCCGCUCAUAGACGCGCCACCUGCGUGGGCACUUAAUGCAUGCUGCAUGCGCAGAGCAAUAAAAAUUGCUCUGCACAUGCGCAGAAGCAAAAAAGAAGAUGGCAGCACCUAU